AUGGCGUUUUCUCUUCCCCCUCUGCCCUAUACGGAGGAGGCGCUGGAGCCACAUAUCAGCAAGGAAACCCUCGAGUUUCACCAUGGGAAGCACCAUGCGGCAUAUGUAAAUAACCUGAACAAGCUGGUACAGGGCAAGGAGGAUGAGAAAAAGAGUCUGGAAGAGUUAAUUCGCACAGCUGCUGGUGGCAUAUUUAACAACGCGGCGCAGGCUUGGAACCAUGCUUUUUAUUGGAAGUCUAUGAAGCCAGGCGGAGGCGGUCCCCCUACUGGCCCUAUAGCCUCGAAGAUAGACGAAGCCUUUGGCAAUUUUGACCAGUUCAGGGAACAGUUUUCAGCAGCUGCUGCAGGGCAUUUCGGUUCUGGAUGGGUUUGGUUGUGUUACUGCAAAAGCAAGCAAAAAGCUGUCAUUUGCCAGACUCACGAUGCAGGCAAUCCUAUGAGAGAAGCAGAGGGAUGCGUACCCCUUCUCACAUGUGAUGUGUGGGAACAUGCGUAUUACAUUGACAGAAGAAACGACCGAGCCAGCUAUGUGAAAGCGUGGUGGUCGUUGGUUAACUGGGACUUUGCAAACGAAAACUUGAAGAAGGCAACCGAGUAA